AUGUACAUAUUGAGGAGUAUUGUCGUACUGACGGCUUUAUUUUCAAAUUCAAUAAAUGCACACUCUAACGAAAGAAACCCUUUAACAUAUAUAUCAAAGGUCGAGGCUCCAACCAUUAGGACUCCGUCGCAUCGAGUCCACGCCUUGUCGAGUUUUGAUGUCGAGUUUGGAUUGCAUGGAGGACAACAACGAGUAAAGCUAUCGCUGCAACCCAAUCACGAUGUUAUUGCGGAUGGAGCCACGAUUACACAUUUAGCUGCCGAUGGAACUAUAAGGACUUCAGAAACUAUCGACAGGUCGGCGCAUCGGGUAUUCAAGGGGUCGACAUGGCUACAGCAUUAUCAUGGUGCGGAUUGGACGAAUGUGGGAUGGGCGAGGAUAAUAGUGAAGAAGGAUGGCGAUGAACCUCUAUUCGAAGGCGCAUUUAGAUUGGAUGGAGAUCAUCACCAUAUCCAGACGAAGACGAGCUUUAUGUCUACGAGGCAUGCAUUGGAUCCAUCGCUACCGGAAGAAGGGAAAGAAUAUAUGGUGGUGUGGAGGGAUUCUGAUAUUGGAACUGGUUAUACCGAAGAUAACGAAGGACUCAUGCACCCGGAUUUGAGAAGAAGCGCACGAGAGAGUCCAUCAUGUUCAGCAGAUGGACUUAACUUCAACACGAUGAAUAACCCAAUCAACAACUACGAGCCGAUGGCGAGAAGAGAAGAGGGAUUCUGGGGAUCAAUUUCGACUCGAGCCAUAUUCGGAAGACAACUUGAUACACAAUCCGGUGGAAAUUCCGCAGGAGUUAACCUUGCUACCACUAUUGGAUCAACAGCCGGAUGUCCUUCUACUCGAAAAGUCGCCCUCGUGGGAAUAGCUACAGACUGUACGUACACAGCCGCUUUCAAUUCUACCGAAACGGCCCGAGAAAACGUCAUUCAGGUCCUCAACUCUGCUUCGGUACAGUAUGAGGAUAGUUUCAACAUUACUCUGGGUUUGCAAAAUCUUACCAUCAGUGACGCUGCUUGUCCCGCUACUGCAUCCUCUUCGGCUCCCUGGAAUGUGGGAUGUAGUGAUAGUGUUACGAUUCAAGAUCGAUUGAAUUUAUUUUCUGCGUGGAGAGGUGAGCGCCAGGACACUAAUGCUUAUUGGACUUUGCUUAGUACUUGUGGUACUGGAAGUGCUGUCGGUUUAGCUUGGCUUGGUCAAGCCUGUGUCACGGACGCACAGGUAGCCUCAACAUCAUCUGGUAAUGAAACUGUCAGUGGUGCCAAUGUAGUGGUUAGAACCAGUACCGAAUGGCAGGUUCUUGCUCAUGAGACUGGGCAUACAUUUGGAGCUGUCCAUGAUUGUACAUCGUCAACGUGUAAUGAUGGUCAAACAGUCGCAGCACAACAAUGUUGUCCCCUCAGUAGCUCAACUUGUGAUGCCGCGGGAGCAUACAUCAUGAAUCCCAGCACUUCAAGUGGCAUCACCCAAUUUUCACCUUGUAGUAUUGGAAACAUUUGUUCGGCUAUCGGUAGAAAUGGUGUCAAAACCAGUUGUUUGACUGCAAAUAAGGAUAUCACUAUAAUUACCGCAAGUCAAUGCGGUAAUGGAAUUGUGGAAUCAGGCGAAGAUUGUGAUUGUGGUGGAACUAGUGGGUGUGGGAGCAAUAGUUGUUGUGACCCAACCACUUGCAAAUUUACGACAAAUUCGGUUUGUGAUCCUAGCAAUGAGGACUGUUGUACAUCGACUUGUCAGUUUGCAUCCAAUGGUACAGUGUGCCGUUCUAGUACGGGUGUCUGUGAUCCACAAGAAGUUUGCAGCGGAACUGCUGCUACUUGUCCUGAAGAUGCCACAGCUCCUGAUGGAACUUCUUGUGGCAAUUCUUCCUCUUUGUCCUGUGCUUCAGGUCAAUGUACUUCGCGUGAUCUUCAAUGCAAAACCAUUAUGGGAUCAUACACCACAGGUAACGAUACAUAUGCCUGUUCCUCCUCUGGUUGUCAAAUUUCCUGUGCUUCCCCUGAAUUCGGCUCGAACGUUUGCUACUCCAUGCAGCAAAACUUCCUCGACGGAACAUCUUGUCAAGGUGGUGGUAAAUGUUCCAAUGGUGAUUGCAAGGGUUCGUCAGUUGGCAAAGAGAUCACUUCCUGGAUACAAGAACAUAAAAAUCUCGUGAUAGGUAUCGCUUCUGCAGUUGGCGCUUUGGUCAUAUUUGCAAUACUCAGUUGCUGUAUAGGCAGGAUGAGAAGAAGAAAGGCAAUUAGAUUAGCAAAAGAAAGAGCAAUCAAUAACCCGCAAGGUUGGCCACAAGGACCGAAUAUGUGGCAAGCUCCUCUGAACGGUCCCAGAGGAGGGAGAGGAGCGGCGGCUCCUAGUGGAGGUACUUGGGUAGAUGGAAGGUGGAUACAGGAACCACCUGGAUGGCAACCAAGUGUUAGGUAUGGUUGA